AUGAUUCAAACGUUACCUUGCAUUGCAUCAGCUAGUUUUCAAUCGCUUAAAAAGCAGAGCCUACCGGGAAUAGAUACAAUUAUGUGUCCACAAACAGGCCAGUUUAGUUUAAACGCUCUGAAAGUUGAAAUGAAUGAGCCACCUGCUAGUGUUCAGGACGCCGAACUGCUACUUUCAAUCCGUUCCACAACAGAAAAACCAAGGAAACUUCAUCCAAAAUUUCGACCGUAUAUUGGUGAACCAAUACAAACGCCAGCGCCAACCUUCGACAGUUUAGCAUGCGUCAAACGAUCACACUCACUAUCGUCAUCGCCAUCGGAUGAAUGCUCCUCUGAACCCUCCUCAACUCCUUGUACAUCGCCAUUUUCAUCAUCAAUUGACGAUAGUCAAUCAACUUUAGCAUCAACAAAUUCAAAAUCACAGUAUCAUGUUCUCUAUGUUCACGUAAAUGGUGAAUACGUUCCUGUUGCCCAAACAGCGUUUCUCGUUCCACCAUCAUCAUCCAACGGUGAUUUAUUAAUAUCCAAGCCAACACCGAUUCGCAAGAAAAAUCACAAAUGUACAUAUCCUGGUUGUACGAAGUCAUAUUUCAAAUCCUCGCAUCUCAAAGCCCAUAUUCGUUUACACACCGGUAAAUUUCAUUUGCAUGUUCCCUCAGUAAUGUAG